AUGGGUAGCAAGCAGCCCUCGGGCGGCCUCGCUGCGCAUUUCGCGGCGGUGCAGCCUACGCACCAGCCAGCGGUGCUAGGGCAGGCGUCGCCACGACCGGCAGUGUUCACAUCAACGCUAGAAAUAGGCGAACAGAAGGCGUCGUCGAAGGUGAUGGUCCUGGGAAGCACCACGUACGUCUUCGACAGGGCCUCGCCCGUGGUCAAGGAGUUCCAGGACAGUCUCACGCAGAGCUCGGAGACCGCUGUGGCCGUCGCCGUCAUCAACGCCCUGACCUCCGUCAUCGAGCAGUCCAAGGCCACGACCAUCAUGGAGCUCCAGUGCGAGCUCGACGUCGCCGCCGGCCACCUCAAGGCCUGCAACCCUACCGCCAUCUCCCUGAAAGCCGCCUGCGAGCUGUUCCUGCAAUACGUCUCGCGCACCUCCGCCCUCGCGCACGUCAAGGACAUCGACAUGGUCAAGUCGCGCCUCAUCGAGCGCGGGCGGAACUUUGCGAACACGAGUCUCGAGGCGCGCAAGGCCAUCGCUUCGUUCGGCGAGGAGUUCGUCCACGACGGCGCGCGCGUGCUGGUGCACGGCUACUCCCGCGUGGUCCUCGCGCUGCUGACGCGCUGCAUCGGGGCCGGCCGACGGUUCUCCGUCGUGGUCACCGAGGGGCGCCCCGACGGCUCGGGCAGCCAGAUGGCACGUGCGCUGAGCGACCGGGGCAUUCCCUGCACCAUGGUGCUCGACUCCGCGGUGGCGUGCUGCCUGGAGAGCGUGGACCUGGCGCUGCUGGGCGCGGAGGGCGUCGUCGAGAACGGCGGCGUGAUCAACAAGCUGGGAACGUACCAGAUCGCGCUGUUGGCGAAGGCGCACAACACGCCGUUUUACGUCGCCGCGGAGAGCUACAAGUUCACGCGGCUGUGCCCGCUGAACCAGAAGGACGUGCCGGUCGAGAACCGGCCCGCGCCGGAGAUCACGGGGACGCUGCCGCCGGGCGUGCGGUUUGACAGCCCGUCCCGGGACUACACACCCCCCGCACUGAUCUCGCUGCUGGUGACGGACCUCGGCGUGCUGACGCCCGCGGCCGUGAGCGACGAGCUCAUCCAGUUGUUCCUGUGA